GACGACGACGAUUCAACACACUAUCCACCACCAGAACAACAGCAAACAACAACAAUGCCUCAAGCCCAGCCCGAACUCAAAAAGUACCUCGACAAGCGCGUCGAAGUGCAACUCAACGGCUCGAGGAAGGUGAUGGGUACUCUUCGUGGUUAUGAUGUCUUCCUCAACAUCGUACUCGACGAAGCGACCGAGAGCAAACCGAAUGGCGAGAAAGUGAGAUUGGGCAUGUGUGUGAUUCGAGGGAAUUCGGUCGUGAUGCUGGAGGCGCUGGAUCGGAUUGGAGGUGAUGAGCGUGGACAUCGGGGUUGAGAAGGGGGAGAUGUGUGAAGAGGGAAGGAAGCGGAAAAAGGAAGUGGAUUGUGGAAUACCCGAAAACGAGAAAGAGAUGCUGCUGAGGUGGUGUGUGUCUGUGUGCUGCGUGAUUCAGCUAGUGAUGAUACUUGUGGCUGGAUGGGUGUACUCUGCACUGCAGUCGCAUCGCAUGCAGUACGUACGGAGGUCGAUUCGAGGUCAGGCGAGGCGUGGGAGAAUGAAAUGGAGCAAAGGCGCCCUUUGGCGCCAGAUAUGGUCAUAAUGAAUCAGAGGGU